UAACGGUCGAUCAGCAGGGGUGCCUUGCGUUGUGUUGAUAAAUAAUAAUAAUUUACGCGCGCAUUCAAUUCAUCCUGCAUUUCACUGUUUCACCCCAUAGAAUUACGACCAACGGUCGUUAUUUCUUUAGAAGUGGUUCGGUGGUUCCAUUUUGAAAAGCGCAAUAGGAGACUUACUUGCAUUGCAUUUGUUAUAAGAAAGUUUAGAGAAAAUCAUCGUUACAUUUAAAUUAUUUUUGAUUUGUGAACCAUGUUUUCGAAAGCUAAACGUUUUGAACCCCUUGCUCCUGGUUCCAGCAAGAAACCUCAAUGCAAAAUAAACAAACCAGAUAAUGAUAAACAAAAACUUGGCACGAGAACUCCCGCCACUGUGGUGCAACCUAAACCAUUUGUUGUCCCAACAGCUUCCAAAGUCAUCUCUGAUGUGCAAUCCCAAUGCAGCUCGGCACAUAGUGUGAAAUCAUUUGCUACACCAAAGCCAUUAAAAUCCACGACUACCACUAAAGCUCCAACCAGCCUGAAGAAAAGAACUGAACAAACUUGCCCAAAAAUUAAGAAAGAAAGUACUGGUGAAAUUAUUAAGUCUCAAGAAGUAGAGAUAAGGAAUAAAGAUCACACUAUUGCUGAAUAUUCAAAACAAAUUGAGGAAUUCAAAUAUAAAAUCUCACAGCUAGAAAAACAGGUGAAAGAGGUAACUGACAAUAAUUGCAAUAAGUUAGAUAAACAAUUUUCAAAGAUAACUUUACAAGAUAAAGAAAAGCAGGAUGAAAAAGAUGCUAUUAUUCAAGAAAACAAUUAUUCCAUUAUUGAUCUCAAAAGCAAAAUACACGAGUUAGAAAAGCAAUGUGAAAAAUUAGAGCAAGAAGUCACUGACAAGCAGUUACAGUUGAGAUCCGUUGAAGAAGUAAUUACUAUAAGAGAUAGUUUAUGUCAAGAUUUACAGCAAAAGUUGACUAAUGCCGAAACAGAAUUGGAGGAAACACGCCAAAGACUUGAAAUGGUAAAAGGCCACCACUCUCUAGCCUUAGAAGCAAAUGAGAGUAUUCGACGUGAAUAUAAAAUAGAACUGGAAACCCUAAAACUGAAAUUGGAAGAUGAAAAACAAGCAAUCAUAAAUAAAUCCAAAUUGGAACAAGAAAAUAUGAAAACUACCUAUAAAACAUUAAUGGAAACAAUAAAGAAUCAAAUGCUUAAAGAAAAAUAUGAAGCUGUUCAGGAACUCCAGCAGGAGUUGAUCAAUAAGGACAAUGAGAUGAAAGCGAAAUUGGAACAGAUUAAUGAAGCAACCUGUGAGAAGUUACGCUUGUGUGAGAUACAGUUUGAGGAACGUACCAGAAAUAUUCAUGAUCACUACACUCAACAGCAGGAGAAAUUGCUAUAUCUAGAAAAUGAAAUUAAGGAUCUAAAAUACAAAAUAACUUUAACUAAUGAGGAAAAAAUAUCUCUUCAGAAGGAAAUAAACACUCUGAAAACAGAAAACGAAACUUUGACUAAAGAUAAACUAACUCUUAUGAAUGAGAGAGAUGAUAUAAAAGAGGAAUCUAAAAGGAAACUCAUUGAUUUUGAAAAUGAAAUAAACAAACUAACAGUAGAAGUGGAUAAAGCUGUUAAAGACAAGAAUAAAUUCGAAACGUCUCUGUCUGUAACAAGAGAUAUAGUUGAAGUAUUGACAAUGCGCUUGAGAGAAUCUGAUAAUGAACUUGAGCAUUUGGAAGAUAAAAUUGGGACACUAACAAAUACAAAGGAAAUUUUGGAAACUGAGCUUGCUAAUUAUAAAACAACUCUCAACAAUACUGCUAUGGAGUGUAAUGAAUAUAAGGAGGCUUUAGUAAAUAUUCUUAAAUCGAAAGCAGCUUUAGCUAAGGAGCACAAUCGCAUUAUGGAACAUAAUGUAUCUCUGAUAGAAAGCCUUCAGAAUGUAGAAAAAGAAGCAUAUAGAGAACUGGGCUCUAUCAAAAAUGAGCUCAUAGAAGAUGUGGAGCUUUUAAAAAAAGAAUCAAAUUCACAAAUUCAGUUACUUCGUGAGGAGGUCGAGAAGAAACGUAAGCUAUGUGAACUAGCUACUGAACAUGCGGGGCAGGCAACUGUUGCAGCAGAACAGUCACGUGUGCUCUUGGCGCAGGCUGCUGCAGAAAUCAACCGGCUCGAGGCGGAAAACCAAUGCCUUCAACAACAGAUUCAGGACCAGCAAUCUUUAGUUGUUGAGUUAUCCCUCCUCCGUCAAGAAAACGAAGAAUUGACCAUGACGGUAGCAAAGCAGUCCUCAAUUAUCGACAAGUUGAAGAAGGAUUCUGAACAAUUCCAAUACAAGCCUAAAUCACCUUCUGUCAUUCGAAAAUCCACAAAAAUUGGAAAAGAAAAUUUACAAACCAUUAUUUCGCCCCUUAGGGAAAGGAAUCAUUGAAUUUACAUCAGAUCUUUCGUAUUAGUUAGUUGAUAGAGCAGGUCUCUUAAUAGUUUUGGGACAUUUUUAAAAGUGCCGAUUGUUAUUCACAAAGCAUGAAUUUGUGUUUGUUGUGAGGUGUACUUAAAAUUGUUAAUUACCAAAAUCAUGUUACAUGUUCCACUAUCAAAAACUAUAUUUUAUACUUAUUGUAAUACUUUGAUUAUUAUUUAUUUGAAGUUUGAAUGUUUCUCUCGGUUUGUUUAUUUUUUUCCUAAAUAUUUUAUGAUUCCAAUUGGAACUGUCUUUAGCGUUUCUUAGCAAUUAUUUAUUAUGGUGUGAAAUUAAUAAAUUAUUAUCCUUUAA